AUGGCAAAGUCAAAAUCUGGUCUGGCAGCUUCAGGCAAGGUCAUCGACCCCACCUUGGAUGCUUUAUUCGCAGGCAGUUCCGGUCCUGCCCAGGCGCCCUCGACAAACCGAUACGUGGAACUACUUGAACGAAAGGAGAUCAAACCCUCCGAGGCGACCCAGGACGCAGAAUCAGUCGUGGAUGGUGAAUCGGCAGAUGGGAGCAACGCGGAGACGAGCGGCGAAGACGAGGCUGAAGAGGAAGACGACGAGGUCCUAAGCGAGAUAGAAGAUGACGACGAAGAUGGCGCCCAAUCUGAAGGUCAAGACUCGUCUUCCGAGGGCCUGAACGCUGUCGAGGAGCCCCCAGUUCAGAAGAAGGAUCGCAAGAGAAAGCGUAAAGACGAACAUGACGACUUAGAGGUCAAGUACAUGCGCAAAAUCGCAGAAGAGGAGGAGAAAGAACAUCAAGAAGAGAAACGUCGUAAAGGACCAAGUGGCGAGGCCAUCGCCAGCACAACGUCUAAAACAGCGGAAGCUUCUGGAGAUGAAGAGGAGGGCGCUGCCAACUUGGUACACGAGUCACUCCAGAAGACGGACGAACACGCCAACAUCGAGCUCGACAAAGCAAAUCGCACCCUAUUUUUGGGUAAUAUUUCCAACGAGGCCAUCACCUCCUCCAAGGCGAAGAAGCUCCUGACAACUCACCUCGAGUCUCCCUUAUCCACUCUCGAUUCCUCCACCGGCCCUCAUAAAGUUGAGUCGCUUCGGUUUCGCUCCACGGCCUUCUCCACGGGCGCAAUACCGAAACGGGCCGCCUAUGUCACCAAGUUGGUCAUGUCGGCAACCACCAAGUCUACCAAUGCGUAUGCCGUUUACUCGUCACCACUCGCCGCACGAACUGCUCUGAGGGCCCUCAAUGGGUCAGUCAUACUUGAUCGCCACAUGCGGGUGGACAGUGUAGCCCAUCCGACUCCCAUAGACCACCGCAGAUGCGUGUUUGUGGGAAACCUGGGCUUCGUGGAUGACGAGACAGUCAUCAAUACGACCGCAGAAGGCGAGACUACGACAAAGAAGCGUACCAAGAUUCCUGCCGAUACCGAAGAGGGUUUGUGGCGAACAUUUGGUCAGCAUGCUGGCAAGGUGGAGAGCGUCCGCGUACCCCGAGACGACAAGACACGGGUGGGGAAAGGCUUCGCAUACGUCCAAUUCUACGAGGCCAACGACGUGGAAUCGGCACUGUUGUUGAAUGGGAAGAAGUACCCGCCCAUGCUGCCACGCAUCUUGCGCGUGUCUCGCGCCAAAGACCCGCGUAAAACAGCACUUGCAAUGGAGCGUACGACGAAGGGCAAGUUUGACGGCCUGAAGGGCAGAGACGGCAAGUCAAAAAGCACGAAACACAAGCCAAAGGCCACGCCGGAGCAGCAGUCACAAGUUGGCAGAGCCGGGCGAUUGUUUGGUCGAGCCGGCGCAGCACGGCAACGGCACGGGCUGGAGGGCGAUGGCAGACAGCCGAAAGAACGGCCUGGCAGAACCGAAAGUGAAGACACGAUAAAGCCGCCGGAGCAGUUCGUUUUCGAGGGUCGCCGGGCAAGUUCAACGGAUGCCCGUAAUUGGAUCUUCCGAAUCGGCAUCGACUUCUCGACACCCUUGACCUCACCAGUUCGGACCACCAGCCGACGACGAUACACCAUGAAGGGCGAGAUCCUCCACAUUCACCUGGGCCAGGCUGGUACCCAGCUCGGUAACAGCGCUUGGGAGUUGUACCUCCUCGAGCACGGCCUCGGACAGGAUGGUCGCCCCGAUCCCAAGGCAAAGGACGUCCUCGACGGUGGCUCCUACGAGACCUUCUUCACCGAGACCAGCGGCGGCAAAUACGUGCCCCGAUCCAUCUUCGUCGACUUGGACCCUUCUCCCAUUGACGAGAUCAGGACCGGUGCCUACCGCCAGCUCUUCCACCCCGAACUGCUGAUCAGCGGAAAGGAGGAUGCCGCCAACAACUACGCCCGUGGCCACUACACCAUCGGCAAGGAGAUGGUCGACAACUGCCUCGACCGAGUCCGCCGCGUUGCAGACAACUGCAACUCCCUGCAGGGUUUCCUGAUCUUCCACUCGUUUGGCGGCGGUACUGGUUCUGGCUUCGGUGCCCUCCUUCUCGAGCGCCUCUCUACCGAGUACGGCAAGAAGUGCAAGCUCGAGUUCGCCGUCUACCCGGCUCCUCGUGUGUCAACCGCUGUCGUCGAGCCUUACAACGCCGUCCUGUCCACUCACAGCACCAUCGAGAACUCCGACUGCACCUUCUUGGUCGACAACGAGGCUGUCUAUGAUAUCUGCAGACGCAAUCUAGACGUCCCCCGGCCCAGCUACGAGCAUCUGAACCGACUGAUUGCUCAGGUCGUCAGCUCCAUCACCUCGUCUCUGCGAUUCGACGGUGCUCUGAACGUUGAUCUGAAUGAGUUCCAGACCAAUUUGGUCCCCUACCCUCGUAUCCACUACCCGCUGAUCAGCUACGCUCCUGUCGUCUCAGCCGCCAAGAGUUCCCACGAGAGCUUCAAGGUCCACGACCUUACCUUCCAAUGCUUCGAGCCCAACAACCAGAUGGUUGUCUGCGAUCCUCGCAACGGAAAGUACAUGGCCGUCGCCCUCCUCUACCGUGGCGAUGUUGUGCCUCGUGACUGCAACGCGGCCAUCGCGGCUCUCAAGGCCAAGUCAUCCUUCAACCUGGUCGAGUGGUGUCCCACUGGCUUCAAGCUGGGUAUCAACUACCAGAAGCCGAUGUCUGUCCCCUCCACAUCUCCGAACGACGGUGGUCUGGCUUCAGUCGACCGUUCCGUCUCCAUGCUGUCCAACACCACUGCCAUCGCCGAGGCAUGGUCGCGUCUGGACUACAAGUUCGAUCUUAUGUACAGCAAGCGGGCUUUCGUACACUGGUACGUUGGUGAGGGUAUGGAGGAAGGCGAGUUUUCCGAGGCCCGUGAGGACCUUGCCGCCCUGGAGAAGGACUACGAGGAGGUCGCGGCCGACAGCUUCGAGCCUGACGAGACGGAGGCUGAGUACUAA